AUGGUAACGGCUAAUUUCCAAUACAACCGAGACGGCAUCUCUCCUCCAUCGGACACCCUGGCCACUAUAACUACCCUAAACACAAUUCCCCCCUCCUUGGACCAAUAUCUCGGAAAACCGCAUUUCUUAUUUUUAUCCGAGAAAAAUCCCAAAAAAACGAUAAUCGAUCUACAUCGCCUUCUCGGAGAGGCCUCAAAAAUUCUGAAUUUAGGACCAGCGGCUCCAAUUUUUUGCGGAGGAAAUCAACUGAAAAAAUUGAGUUUCGGGCUGAAAAAUGAUUUUAAUUUGGCCAAAUUGAAAAUGGCAAAGAGGAUGACGAAAUCAGAAAUCGCUGGAAAUUGGGAGCACUAUGUGAAGAAGGUGGCCACAUGGCUCACACACUUUGAUGAGUAUAAAAAGUUAUCUAUUGGUCUUCAGAUGAAAAUCCUUCAAACCAUUUGGCACAUUUGGAGUCGCCUAGAGAAAUUAUCAACAACUGCAAAAUAUCGUCGAGUUUCUGGAAAAAUUAAGAAAACUGAAGUUGUGGUACAAAAUGGAGUUCUAAUCGACAUCGGUGACGUGGAUUUUGAUUCCAGUUGGUUGAGUGAUUAUCCGAAUGAAAUUGUCCGAGGAUUCCUCAUGCACUCCUCUUGCGAUCAAUUCACAGUAACCGAUGGUUUAUACGCUCUACAGCUUACUGACAUCGAAUUAACUUAUAUGUUAGCCCAGUUAUGUUUUCAAUAUGCUGGAAAUCGAUAUCAAGGAAAAAUUCAAGAAGUUUGCGAUCGAUUUCUGACCGUAUUAUCAAAUGAUCUACAUGAUUAUUAUGUAAAUGAAAUGGAUAAUCCAAGAUAUGCUCAAAGAUUGGCAAAAAUGAUGCAGUUGAAUAAUGCGAUACAGCAAAACAUCCGCUGCGGUCGGGACCGAAUGCAUUUGGUACACACAUUUGGUCUACUGAAGCUAGAAUUCACACAUCCAGAAAUGUUCCGCGAUUCUGGAUUUCAUUGA